AUGUACGCACCGCUGAACUUCUCAGCUUCUGGGGACUUGAACCUGUCAAAUACUGACCCACAGAGAUCACUGGAACUGACUCAUCGAUCCGUCAAAGUGAGCAUCAUAAUCGCUCUGGGCGUUAUGAUCACUUUGGGAAAUAUUGCAGUUCUCCUGGUUAUCAGUUCUUCCGUGGCUGGUUGGUCAAGGAACUCUCGGUACUUCCUCCUGUCCCUCACUGCUGCAGACUCUGCGUUUGGGCUGCUCGUCAUGCCCUUGAAUCUGUGCGUAAGUCUGGUGAAGGACUACACUGAAGGACCAGAUGCUCUGUGUCAUGUUGUGGCCUUUUGCAACGCCACAGUCUACUCCACCUGCAUGUACACACUAGCCUCCAUAAGUCUGGAGAGGUACAUAGCAGUGUUUUACCCCCUCAAAUACUCCUCUAUUUUGACAAGAAAAAGAACCCUGCUCCUGAUCUCCUUUUCCUGGUGCUUCCCUCCUUUUUUACUGCUGCCAAUACUGUUUCCAGAUGGCAUUAUCGAGGUCCAUUUCUCCACAGCAUCACUUGUCUGCAAUCCAUCCUACUCCACCAACGUGGGUUACUCUCUGAGUCUGACUGGUUUCAUAUUUUUCCCUUGUUCCAUCAUCAUGUCAUAUGCAAACCUGAGAGUGUGGUGCGCCGCUAAGAGACAGAGACUGAAAUUGCGUAAAUAUGACUGUGCGCGGCGCAACAGACACGACGUCGCAUCCAGAGUGCUCGUACCUGUUAUGGCAGCAUACUACACCUGUUGGACACCCUGCAUGGCUGCUAUGAUCUACAAUGCAGUUUCAGGGAGCAGUGUACCAGAGUGGGCUGAAUUCGUUGUGGUAUGGCUGCCAACCUCCAACGGUUUCCUCAACUGCAUCUUCUACUUCUGGAUAAACCAAAGCUUCCGCAGGAAAUUCCGCCUCAUCCUGCAAAGGCUGAUUCUGGCGCUGUGCCCUAAGCUGGCCAACAUCCUUGGGUGCUGCUCAUCAUCGAAGGCACAGUUCAUAUCAGGAAUCCUGGAGAAUAACAGUGUGCACGAGCGCUCCUCCAGCGUUUCCUCCACCUGCACCUUACUGACCUUGGCUUAG